AUGGAGUUUGCCAUGGUGGGUGCGGACGGCGGGUGCAAUAGUCACCUGCCUUACGGAUAUGCCCAAGCUCGCGCACGGGAGAGGGAGCGCGAGAGGGAGCGCCAGGUUGCCCAGUCUAGAGCGGCGGCUGCUACGGCCGCUUCCGAAGGUGGAUCCGGUGCAGAGGGAGAAGGAGGAGGAGGUGGUAGUGGUGGUGGUGGUGGUGGUGGUGGCGGCGCCGGGGGGUCCACCUCCACCACCUCCUCCUCCUCCUCCUCCUCCUCGAGCGCUCAUCUCCUUAACAACCGCCAGCAUCAGUCUCGCGCCGCCUCCUCCUCCUCCUCCUCCUCGAACGCCAACAUCAGCAGCGGCGGUACCGCCUCGCGCCCCUCCUCCUCCUCCUCCACCUCCGCCUCCUCCUCCUCCUCGCAGCCGCCACAGCACCAGCAGGAGCCCGAGCAGCAGCAGAGGGUUCUCAGAGAAAGGAAAAAGCAGCGCGGGGUCGGACGGUGGAGACGCAGCCGGACCACUCUCGGAGGGGACCUGCGCCACUCGGAGCUGGCGCUGCUCGGAUCCGAGGAGGACAUCAUGAUAGAGGAGGAAGAGGCCGAGGGAGCUGAGGAGGAAGAGGAGGAGGAGGAGGUGGUAGUGGUGGGAGGGGGUCGGGGAAGCAAAAGGUCGAGUUUUCUGUGUAACAUGGAUGAUGAGGAGACCGUCUCGAUCACUGACAGGCGUCCUCAGUCCGGAUACGAAAAUGUUUACAACGAGGGUGGCUGCUGCGAGAGAGUUGUCAUCAACGUGUCGGGUCUGAAGUUUGAAACUCAGCUCAAGACUCUCACUCAGUUCCCGGACACUCUCCUGGGAGACCCCGACAAGCGAAUCAGGUACUUCGAUCCGCUGAGGAACGAAUACUUCUUCGAUCGGAACCGACCAAGUUUUGACGCCAUUCUUUACUAUUACCAGUCAGGGGGGAGGUUGAAAAGACCAGCCAAUGUCCCGUUUGACAUCUUCUCCGAGGAGGUGAAGUUUUAUGAACUCGGGGAGGAGGCGAUACUAAAGUUUCGUGAGGAUGAGGGUUUUGUCAAAGAGGAGGAAAAGCCUCUGCCUGAGGACGAGUUCAAGCGCCAAAUUUGGCUGCUUUUUGAGUAUCCGGAGAGCUCCAGCCCUGCCAGGGGGAUAGCGGUCGUGUCCGUCUUGGUUAUAGUUAUUUCUAUUGUCAUUUUUUGCCUGGAGACGCUGCCGGAGUUCAGGGAUGAAAAAGAGUACCUACAGCCACGACACAACUCCACUCAACCUGACCACGGAUUUACCCCUUUCAACGACCCGUUUUUCAUCGUGGAGACGGUUUGCAUCAUCUGGUUCUCCUUUGAGAUUAUAGUCCGCUUCUUUGCGUGUCCGAGCAAACCGGUUUUCUUUAAAAACAUUAUGAACUCAAUAGACAUUGUAUCCAUUUUGCCUUAUUUCAUAACUCUCGGCACGGACCUGGCGCAGCACCAAGGCAACGGGCAGCAAGCGAUGAGCUUUGCCAUCCUGAGAAUAAUCCGCCUGGUCAGGGUGUUUCGCAUCUUCAAACUGUCCAGGCACUCCAAGGGGCUUCAGAUCCUGGGUCAUACCCUGCGCGCCAGCAUGAGGGAGCUGGCCCUCCUCAUUUUCUUCCUGGUCAUAGGUGUCAUCCUCUUCUCCAGCGCGGUGUAUUUCGCCGAGGCGGACGAGCCCACCUCUCAGUUCACGAGCAUCCCCGACGCUUUCUGGUGGGCGGUGGUGACCAUGACCACGGUGGGCUACGGAGACAUGAAGCCCAUCACUGUCGGUGGGAAGAUAGUGGGCUCCCUCUGCGCGAUUGCGGGUGUGUUAACCAUCGCGCUCCCGGUGCCGGUCAUAGUGUCCAACUUCAACUACUUUUACCACAGGGAGACGGAUAACGAAGUCCAGACACCGGUGGUGGAGAGCAUGCCACCGGGCUGCCCGUAUUUCCCAGACUUUCUAAGGAAAUUCAAAGGCUCGCCCUCGGGCUCCUCACUGGGUGACAAAGCGGAGUAUAUGGAGAUGGAGGAAGGGGUGACGGAGUCGCUUUGCGGGCUGGACAAGAGCCCCAGUAAAGGAAACGGCACAGACAUAAGCAGAAAAAACAGUACUAACUCAAAAUCCAUUCAGACUGACGUGUGA